CCCGGACUCUCUGCGCCACCGAGGCUCGGCCCGAGACUCCUGUGAAAAUGCCCGAGCCGGUGAAGAAACCAGCUUCAGCGUUCAGCAAGAAACCCAAGACGACAGAGGUGGUGGCGGGAGACGCGGCGGUUUUCGAGGCCGAGACGGAGCGGGCCGGCGUGAGGCUGCGCUGGCAGCGCGGGGGAGCCGACAUCGCCGCCAGCGACAAGUACGUGCUGACCUCCGAGGGCGCUCGGCACGUCCUGACCAUCAGGGACGUGGGGCCGGCCGACCAGGGGCCCUACGCCGUCAUCGCCGGCACCUCCAAGGUCAAAUUCGAGCUGAAGGUCAAAGAGGCAGAGACGGCGGAGCCCACCCCGGCCCCUCCCUCCAGUGACACGCCCGUGCCACCAGCAGACCCCACCGCGCCGUCAGCAGACGCCGCAGGGGCCCCGGGCCGCGAUCCGGAAGGAGGUUCCUGGAGCUCCGCGGGUGAAACCCCCCCAGAAGCCGCCCCCGCUGACCCCAUCGGACUCUUCGUGACCCGACCCCGGGACGGCGAGGUGACCGUAGGGGGCGGCAUCGUUUUUUCGGCCCGGGUGGCGGGCGCCAGCCUCCUCAAACCCCCCACGGUGAAGUGGUUCAAGGGGAAGUGGAUGGACCUGAGCAGCAAAGUGGGGAAGCAUCUGCAGCUGCACGACAGCUACGACCGGAGCAGCAAGGUUUACCUUUUUGAGCUGCACAUCACGGAGGCUCAGCUGGCCUUCUCCGGCGGCUACCGCUGUGAGGUCUCCACCAAGGACAAGUUCGACAGCUGCAACUUCAACCUCGUCGUCCACGAGGCUAUUAGUGCUGGAGAUCUGGACAUUCGCUCAGCCUUCCGACGUGCGGGCGAAGGCCACGAGGACGGUGGGGAGCUGGACUUCAGUUCUUUGCUGAAAAAGAGAGACAGCUUCCUGCGCACCGCCCGGGACCCGAAGCCGGAGGCCCCGGCGGAGGAGGACGUGUGGAACAUCCUGCGCUCCGCUCCCCCGUCCGAGUACGAGCGCAUCGCCUUCCAGCAUGGCAUCACCGACCUGCGGGGCAUGCUCAAGCGCCUCAAGGCCAUGCGCAAGGAGGACAAGAAAAGCACAGCCUUUCAGAAGAAGCUGGAUCCGGCCUACCAGGUGCCCAAGGGGCAGAAGAUCAAGCUGGCGGCGGAGGUGGCCGACCCGGACGCCGAGGUCAAGUGGCUGAAGAACGGGCAGGAGAUCCAGAUGAGCGGCAGCAAGUACAUCUUCGAGGCUGUGGGGAACAAGCGUUUCCUGACCAUCAGCCAGUGCUCCCUGGCGGACGAUGCCGCGUACCAGUGUGUGGUGGGCGGGGAGAAGAGCAGCACGGAACUCUUCGUCAAAGAGCCCCCGGUGCUGAUCGCCCGGGCCCUGGAGGACCAGCUGGUGACGGUGGGCGAGAGGGUGGAGUUCGAGUGUGAAGUGUCGGAGGAGGGGGCCCCCGUAAAAUGGUUGAAGGAUGGGGUGGAACUGACCCGGGAGGAGACCUUCAAGUACCGAUUCAAGAAAGACGGGAAGAAGCACCACUUGAUCAUCAACGAGGCCACGGCCGAGGACGGCGGACACUAUGCCAUUCGCGCCAGCGGCGGGCAGUCCCUGGCGGAGCUCAUCGUACAGGAGAAGAAACUGGAGGUGUACCAGAGCAUCGCGGACUUGACCGUGGGGGCGCGGGACCAGGCGGUGUUCAAGUGCGAGGUCUCCGAUGAGAACGUGCGGGGCGUCUGGCUGAAGAACGGGCAGGAGCUGGUGCCCGACAGCCGGGUGAAAAUCUCCCACAUUGGCAGGGUCCACAAGCUGACCAUCGAUGACGUCACGCCGGCGGAUGAGGCCGAUUACACCUUCGUGCCCGAGGGCUUUGCCUGCAACCUCUCUGCCAAGCUGCAUUUCAUGGAGGUCAAGAUCGAUUUCGUGCCUAGACAAGAGCCUCCCAAGAUCCACCUGGACUGCCCGGGCCGGCUGCCCGACACCAUCGUGGUCGUGGCCGGGAACAAACUGCGGCUGGACGUCCCCAUCUCCGGGGACCCCGCGCCCACUGUCAUCUGGCAGAAAGCCAAAAAGGGGAGCGACCCUUCACCCGGGGCCGCCGGCAACGCCGAGGACGCCGGGGCCAGUGAGGAGUGGGUGUUCGAUAAGAAGUUACUGUGCGAGUCGGAGGGCCGCGUCCGCGUGGAGACGCACAGAGAUCGCUGCGUCUUCACCGUCGAGGGGGCUGAGAAGGAGGAUGAGGGCGUCUACACUGUGACGGUGAAGAACCCGGCCGGCGAGGACCAGGUCAACAUCACGGUCAGAGUCAUCGAUGUCCCCGACCCCCCUGCCGCUCCGAAGAUCAGCGACGUCGGGGAGGACUCCUGUACCGUGCAGUGGCAGCCGCCCCCCUAUGAUGGUGGGCAGCCCAUCCUGGGCUACAUCCUAGAGCGGAAGAAGAAGAAGAGCUACCGCUGGAUGCGGUUGAACUUCGACCUCCUGCGGGACCUGAGCCACGAAGCCCGGCGCAUGAUCGAGGGGGUGGUGUAUGAGAUGCGGGUCUACGCCGUCAACGCCAUCGGCAUGUCACGGCCCAGCCCCGCCUCCCAGCCCUUCAUGCCCGUCGGCCCUCCCGGCGAGCCCACCCACCUGGCCGUGGAGGACGUCUCGGACACGACCGUCUCCCUCAAGUGGAGGCCCCCCGAGCGGCUGGGGGCGGGAGGGCUGGACGGCUACAGCGUGGAGUACUGCAAGGAAGGCUCGUCGGAGUGGGUGCCCGCCGUGCAGGGCCUGAUCGAGCGCACUACGCUGGUGGUGAGGGAGCUGCCCACGGGGGCGAGGCUGCUCUUCCGGGUGCGGGCCCACAACCUGGCCGGGCCCAGCCGUCCCACCGGCACCAAGGAGCUCGUCACCGUCCAGGAGAUUUUACAGCGGCCCCGGCUCCGGCUGCCACGGCAACUGCGCCAGACAGUGCAGAGAAAGGUCGGGGAGCCUGUUAAUCUCCUCAUCCCCUUCCAGGGGAAGCCUCGGCCCCAAGUCACCUGGAGCAAAGAUGGGCAACCGUUGGCCAGCGACGAGGUGAGCGUCCGCAAUAGCGCCACGGACACCAUCCUCUUCAUCCGUGCCGCCCGCCGGGAACACUCGGGCACCUACCAGGUGGCCGUACGGAUCGAAAACAUGGAGGACAAAGCCACGCUGGUCCUGCAGGUCAUCGACAAGCCCAGCCCCCCGCAGGAAGUGCGGGUGGUCGAGGCCUGGGGCUUCAACGUGGCUCUGGAGUGGAAGCCGCCCCUGGACGACGGCAACACAGAGAUCUGGGGGUACACGGUGCAGAAGGCUGACAAGAAAACCAUGGAGUGGUUCACGGUCCUGGAACACUACCACCGAACUCACUGCGUGGUGGCCGAGCUCAUCUUAGGCAACGGCUACUACUUCCGGAUCUUCAGCCAAAACAUGGUGGGAGCCAGCGAGACGGCCGCCGCCACGAAGGAACCCGUCCUCAUCCCCAAAACGGGCACCGCCUAUCAGCCCCCCAUCUACAAGGAAUUAGAUUUCAGCGAGGCCCCGAGUUUCACUCACCCCCUGGUGAACCGCUCGGUCAUCGCCGGCUACGACGCCGUCCUCUGCUGUGCCGUGCGCGGUAGCCCCAAGCCCAAGAUCUCCUGGUUCAAGAACGGGCUGGAUCUGGGUCAAGAUGCCCGCUUCCGUACGUUCAGUAAACAAGGCGUGCUGACCCUGGAGAUCCGCAAGCCGUGCCCCUUCGACGGGGGUGCCUACGUCUGCCGGGCCACCAACCCCCAGGGCGAGGCCCAGUGUGAGUGCCGCCUCGAGGUGCGAGUGCCUCAGUGAGAGGGUCAGCAGCAGCCCCUGGAGGCUCAGGGAGCACCGACUGGGGACGGACGGGCCUCCGGCUGAGCCCUCGGAAGAGAAGAGGUGGACAGGAGCAGUGACCUGGGAUGGUGACUUUCUAGGUUUCAUUCUUCCUAAAAUUAAAAAAAAAAAAACCUCUCUCACCAACAA